AUGUCUGGGUGCACUAACUCCCAUCUAGUGCCGUUCCCCGAACGGCCUCCCUCAUCCAAAGAUUUCGUUCUACGUGACCACCAAUUAGCAGAGCCUUUUCAGUCAAUUGAUCCUCCCGACCAUCCUUUCUUGGACCACCCUUUCAGCAACCCUGAAGAUUCAUUAAGGAGAAUCGUUCUCCGCUCUAGUCAUGAGGGACCGAACCCCAAAGUUCCUAUCCCUCGGACAUCUACUCCAGUAAGCUGGAAAAAAGGGGCCCGAGUCAGUCAAGCAUGCGAAGGUUGCCGUGGGCCGAAGAUCAAAUGCAGCGGUCAUCGGCCAGCCUGUCAUAGAUGUGUGGAGAUUGGUAUCGCCUGCCACUACGACUAUCGAAAGGGAGAGAAGAUGGACAAGCAGCUCAGCAAUCUAAACGUACAGAUUGGCAUGUUAGAGGAUCUGUUGCGUGAUCUCUAUCCAAGACUCGACGUCCAAUCUGCCCAGCAUGUUGACCGAACCUUGGGUAAAAUUUCGAGCCAUGAUCGGACCCCGCCGACUGCCCCUGGUCUACCAAAAACCCGCAAUGCAACAGAAUAUCCAUUAGUCACCGUUGACUACACGAAAGAAGAUUUCAACAGCCUUGGAGAAAUGCAGGCGCUGGGGUUUGUUGGUGAACACACAGAGAUGGUAUGGUUGUGCAGGCUCAAAUACGCACUCGAACAAAGCUCUGUCACGCCAUCCACAUCCCAGGAGAACUUUAUUCGACCGUCCGUCACGUCUAUGAACUACUACAACAAUGACUGGGACAUGGGGAUACGAGAUGAAGUGGAUCUGUUAGAACGGCCUUCGCAGGGCAUGGCCGACCACCUUGUCGGCACGUAUUUCCAAAUCAUUCAUCCUUCAUUCCCGAUCAUUGGGAAAAUGACGUUUGAAGCUCAAUACCGAUCGUAUUAUUCGGAUCCAACCGCACGACCCGGGAAGCGAUGGUUGGCUGUGUUGAAUUUCAUGUUUGCCACUGCGGCAAUGCACCUAUCGCGCGUGAAGAAGCUAACUGAGUGCAAUGAAUAUCCGCAUUUAUCGUACUUUUCACGGGCGUGGAUACUUAGCAUGGACAAGGCGUCUAUGUGGAAUCAUCCUAAUUUGCAGCAGGUGCAGGUCGAGGGCUUAGCAGCCUUUUACCUUCUUGAACGUGGCCAAGUCAACAGGUCAUGGAAGUGUUGUGGUAUUGCGAUCCGCUCUGCUCUGAUUAUGGGGCUCCAUCUCCGUAGUGAGAGUCAGAGUGUUUCCCCAUUAUCGAAAGAGAUUAGAUAUCGGAUGUGGUGGGCUUUAUAUAUGUUGGAUACUUCGCUUUCUCUGAUGACUGGGCGUCCUCCGAGCAUUAGUGGGGUAUUCUGCACAACACCGCUUCCUAUACCUUUUGAGGAGAGGAAUCUUCAGAGCGACCAUGUCUUGAGGUACAUUAUAGACAAAGGUGCUCGCGGCUGCCUUAUGGCAACGUUGCUUUCCAAUAGGGGUGGAAAUAUGUCGAAGGAUAGCUUGACCGAAAGUGUACCGUUAAGUUAUCCAGCAUCAAGCAAGCGAUCACUCAAGGGAAAGUCUGCACUAGUUGUAGCGGAGCCGCUACGACCAAACGACUCGUUGUGCUUUCUUUACGCUGCGAGACUCACGAUCAUAACGCGCGAGGCAAUUGAUAUCCUUUACGCACCAAGUGCGGCCCAUAAGUCAUGGGUCGAGAUAGAGGUCGCAAUUUCCUCAUUGAACGACCAUGCGGAUAAUUGGCUUAGUUCGCUCCCAGCCCUUUACGAUUUCAAAGUCAUAAGCAAAGCUGGGCCCCUAAAGCGUCAAUGUGCCAGCCUCGCUUUCCACUUCUAUUCGACAAAACUUUUUAUCACGCAAACCUCUCUUCGCCGGCUCAUUUACAGAUCACCAGGAAUGUCGAACGUUCCUGUCGAUGCCUCUGAUUCCAUGACGGCCAUUUGCAUUCAGGCUGCGGGUCAACUACUCGAACUACUACCUGAUAAGCCAGACUUGACUUGGCUGUAUGGUGUUUGUCCAUGGUGGUGUGCUCUCCACUAUUUCAUGCAAUCUAUUACCAUGAUUUUUACAGAGUCCCUUAUCCGUACCAGGUUAGGCACAAUUGGCACAAUCAGCGUCAUGCCGAAGCUGGGAAAGGCUAUAGCUUGGCUGAAGGAGAUGUCCGAAAGAAAUGUUUCUGCACGGAAAGCUUGGCUUGUUUGCUUGGAUUUCAUCUCACGUCAUGGGUCGAAACUUGGUCUAGGUGUCGACGACAGUCUCUAG